AUGAGCGAGUCGGCGUUUGCCGCAAGCCCAGUCAAGAGAGGGAAAGGGGUAGAUGAGCCAGAUACAUGCCGUAUAUGUCGUGGAGAAAGCUCAGAUGGAGAGGAGCUAUUUUAUCCCUGUAAAUGCAAUGGCAGCAUCAAGUUUGUCCAUCAGAGCUGUCUCAUGGAAUGGCUGUCCCAUUCACAGAAAAAAUACUGCGAGCUUUGCAAGACAUCAUUUCGCUUUACGAAGCUUUAUGAUCCUGAUAUGCCCCAGGAUCUACCGGCCCCGGUUUUUUUGAAGGAACUGGCAUUGCACGCUGCGCGAACACUGCUCACCUGGCUUCGUUUUCUCCUUGUCGCUUUUGUAUGGCUGGGCUGGUUACCUUGGUCAAUGAGAGCUGUUUGGCGGGGUCUCUUCUGGCUUGCUGACGGCCGCUGGCCGACAGCUGAAACCAUUCACACAGCUAUUUCGACACAAACAAGCGAAACUUUGAAUAGUCUUGCGGGUACAUGUCCUGUACCCAAUGUAUUCGCCGCUGUUCUCCCUGUGUGUACUACACAGAGUAUCCAGGGUGCCAUCCCACAGUUAUCUUUCCCGGCUUCAACCCUUCUGAACCUCACCGCCGGGGAGCCUCUAAUAUAUUCCAUCGCCAAGCGACUAUUGACAAACGCUGUGGUUUUGACUACUUCAACGCCGAGCUCUACAUCACUGGUGGACUCUGGAAACUUAACAGCAUCAGCAACUCGACGCUUACGACAGCCUUCAUGGCUCUCCGAUGUUGAUGUUCUCAAUAGGUUAACCCCAUACCCGACUAUAAACAACAUACUCAUCGAUACCUUAGAGGGCCAGUUGAUCACCUUGCUUGUUGUUGUUUUAUUUAUCCAUGUAUUUCUCAUCCGUGAAUGGGUCAUUCAACAGCAGCCUGCAAUAAACCUGGCUGAAAUUGAACGUGAAGCAGCCAUCCAGCUACUCCGAGAAAACAGACUUGAACCCGUCCCAGAACAGAAUCCUCUGUUAGCGGAGCCGAAUUUAGUACUUCCUGCAGAAAUUGAAAGGGUAGAAAGGGUAGACGAAACAGCAGGGCCAGUUCAUCCAACAGAUGAGCCAAAUGGAAGGCCUCCCACAACUGGUGUUCCAUUACCCCCAGAAGCAGCACUUCCGGGUUCUAGAAUCACAUCUUCUGGUGCCCUUGCCCAUAGAACCGGCUCGCCCCCUGAACCCGACAUCCCUCGUGAAGCCAUCUACCCUGAAGUCCCUACUCACAGCCCGAGACCUAGUUUCAAUGAUUUUGCCGGUCAUGGGUGGAGUUUUGAGCCUGAUGGUUCAGACGGGGCAAUGCUUAAUGAACAAAGUCCACCGGCUCACAAUCUGAGUGACCCCUUAGAGGAACCCGCUGCUGAUACACUGAACCACACUACACCUAGAGAAGUUGCUACCGCUAGCUCAAUACCCUCUACCGAAAGAGAGGCAAUGAAUCCCGGGAGCAUAUUCUCCUUUGAUGCCGGCCUCGCUGAUCCUUUAGAAGGUCCAAGCUCAGGGCCCAGCGACCAUUCUCAGAAUAUAGGCUCCCCUCUAUUCAACAGUUAUGCGUCAGAUUCUGCCGGCUACCCUACCUCGCCAUUUGCCUCCCCAGUGUUUGGAAAUAGUGAACACAAUCUACCGGGAAAUAGUUUUGAUUUUCGAUCAAGUCUUGAGCUUCCAACAAUUGAUUCCCACAUUAACGCUGGCACCUCCCAUUCAGUACCGACUAGGGAUACUCAUUUGGAUGGCACUCCAGACUCUGGACUAGCUCGGACUCCGAAUAAUGCUGCUCCGACCCCUCCUGCUGAGUUCCAAGUACCCGAGGCGAUCCCACCUGCAAUUCCUCCGCAGAGUUUUUGUCAGCACAUUAUGGAUUGGUUUUGGGGUGGGAUUCCCCUCCAAGCCGAACAGGAAGUUGAAGAACCUGUUGACGAGCACGUCGUUGAAGACCCAGCACAGGAGCCCGCUUUUGUGCCUGUUCGUCAUGGACAGCCAGUUUUAGAACCCAAUCCUGGCCAUAAUCGCCCCGCCCCAGUAAAUGAUGGAGCAGAGAACGAUGUCGAUGCAGCGGACGACGCUGAUGAUCUUGAAGGCGUGAUGGAGCUGAUUGGGAUGCAUGGUGCCAUCUUCGGUCUACUUCAAAACGGGGUUUUUAGCGCCCUACUUAUUUCUUUUACAGUGACUCUUGGCAUUUGGCUCCCUUAUCUAUGGGGUAAAAUUGCUCUUGUUCUUUUAACCAACCCUAUACGGUUAUUCAUCGGCAUUCCUUUGGCAAUCAUGUCGAUCGUUGCUGACAUUGCUGUCGAUACAAUUAUUGGAAGCUUUGCCUAUGUUGUCUACGUUGGCAAUGUUUUACUUCGAACUCUUCUGGGGCAGGCAGGAAAAAUUAUCCCUGUUCUUGCAAAAUUUUCUGCCAGCAAUGCUGUCACCCAUGCUUCGUUGGGGCUCAUUGAUGGAAGUGGUCAGCGCUUAAGGCGAAUAUUGGCCACUUUUUUUACGUUCCGGGACUCAGAUGUUCCAAUGUUCUCUGUCCUUGCCCAUCAGGCACUGAGGAUACACCAAGCCCGCAUCACCACCAUUUACAAUGUUCUCGUCCAGGCCCUGAAACUUAUACUUUAUGACAUCCCUUUACAAUUGAUUCCGCACAAGGAGAAUGGGUCGCUAGUCCUGCGUCUUUUCUCUGUUAGCCCAACGAGAACAUAUUCGAUGAUUGUGAGCGGGUUUAGUAGUUUUUUACGAACUGGAUAUUCCUUUUUCCAAAAUGGGAGUCUCUCACACCUAAAUACACCAGGUAGUCACCCUCUCCCUGCCAAUAUGGAUUUGGAUCUGGCAUAUUGGGAUACUAAAGAUAGAAUAAUUGCUAUUAUCGUCGGCUAUUGUUUCGCCUCCUUUGUUGGCUUAUUCUAUCUCCGCCUUUCUACUUACCUCUCUGGAGAUCAGCGAGGUCAUCAUAUGAACGGUGCUGUCGCGGAAGUGCUUCGCCAAGCGGGCGGUGUGAUGAAAGUUAUUCUUAUCAUUGGCAUCGAAAUGAUUGUGUUUCCCCUUUAUUGUGGUGUCUUACUAGACAUCGCUCUUAUGCCACUCUUUGAAAACGCGACGUUCGGAACAAGGAUCGGAUUUGGAAUUGAGUCACCAUUCACCUGCUUAUUUGUACAUUGGUUCAUUGGCACCUGCUAUAUGUUCCACUUCGCACUUUUCGUGUCGAUGUGUAGAAAAAUUAUGCGCGGUGGUGUACUUUAUUUCAUCCGGGAUCCAGAUGACCCGACAUUCCAUCCUGUUCGCGACGUUCUUGAGCGCAACGUAUCCACCCAACUUCGCAAAAUUGCGUUCAGUGCUCUGGUGUAUGGCGCUCUUGUGAUUAUAUGCAUGGGUGGUGUUGUUUGGGGACUCGCGUUUGUGUUUCCGGGAGUACUCCCCCUACACUGGUCGUCCAAUGAGCCUGUGCUUGAAUUCCCUGUUGACCUACUUUUUUAUAACCUCGUCAUGCCGCUCACCAUUCGGUCCAUUAAACCUUCUAAUAUUUUGCAUACAAUGUAUGCUUGGUGGUUCCAUAAAUGUGCGCGGCUCUUACGGUUAACGGAUUUUCUAUUUGGGAAAAGAAAACGGGAUGAAGAAGGGUACUUUGCCAACAAAACGAGGCUUGAAAUGCUUUUGAAAGCAAAAUUUCGUACGAUUUAUGCCACAGACACAAAAAAUACUCAAGAUGAAGAGGAGGUACCCGUGGGCUUAGUACAGGAUGGUAGAUUCGUACGCACCCCAGCAUCUGAUCAAGUUCGGAUACCGAAGGGUGCGCGAGUUUUUCUUGAUGUUAACGAUCAGAAUGAGAGGCUUGAUGGCAAGCCAGAUCACGACGAUGGCCUUCAUGGCAAAGGCAACGAUAUGUUCACCAAAGUAUACGUUCCUCCGAGAUUUAAAACCAGAAUCGCGGGUUUUAUAUUCUUGUUAUGGGUCUUCGCCGCUAUGACCGGCGUGGGAGCUACAAUCUUGCCACUCGUCUUGGGACGGAAAUUGAUAUCGUUUCUCUUUCCAGAAAAUACACAGAUCAAUGAUAUAUACGCAUUCUCCGCCGGGAUUUACUGUCUCGGCGGCGUCCUCUACGGACUGCACCACUGUCAACAAUGGGCUGCUUCCCUAUACAGACAAUCCCACCUUUUAAACUCGCCACAAGAAUUCCUAGUCAAAUUGCACAGUGCACUGUGCCAACUCAUCAACCUCUUAUAUGCUUUUACAGCAUUUACAUUUUUGGUUCCCACGCUUUUCGCCAUCAUCGUGGAGCUCUACUUCCUUGUGCCACUCCACACAUACUUUAGCAGCGGAGGAACCCAUGUCAUUCAUUUCGUCCAGGAUUGGACGCUUGGUGUUUUAUAUACGCGCAUGGCUGCGCGUUUGAUGCUACGCAACGAGACUUCACGACCUGCUGUUGCUCUCAAUGCAAUAGUCCGAAAUGGUUGGCUCCGCCCUGACGUCAAAUUCGCGACUCGGGCAUUUAUUAUACCCGCAACUCUGGCUACAUUUGUCGCCGUGUUUACUCCUCUUCCGGUGGGAUUCAUUCUGAACGCCACCAUUUUCAGGGGAGAAUCGACGAUGAUGCACUCGCAAGUCUACCGAUAUUGCUAUCCUGGAUUUUUACUUGUAGUGCUACUUGGCUGGGGAUUGCAUCUUCUUCAACGCCAGAUUAACGUUUGGCGGAUGAGUAUUAGAGAUGAUGUUUACUUGAUUGGGGAACGACUGCAUAAUUUUGGCGAAAAGCGGGCAAGGGAUAUGGGCUCUGCUAGGCGCAUCAUCAACACUGCAUGA